ACAAUUAGUGUUUCAAAAAAAAGUUUAAAAUAAUUGUUUCAUUGCUUUCAAAUUCAUUACUAAUUAUUAGUAUAAUAUUUUCACUAAAUUUUGUUCAUCAAAUUAUAUAAUGGCAUCAAUUGAAGCGAUAAGUUUGUCAUCGAUGGUAAACAAUAUGAGAUUAAGAAGCGAUGAUUUCAUGAGAAGACAAUCGUUUGAUCGUUUCGGCGAUGAUUUGUCUCAACUAUUGUUGUCUUAUCUGCCGUUUGAUGACAAACUAAGACUUGAAUCGGUUUCAAAACAAUGGCAUCGAUUGAUACCAUUGACUGUCGAUGAGCUAAUAAUUGACAAAAAGUUUAACGGAAAGUCUGCCAAAACUAUUGAUAAACUAUUGAAGAAGUGGUCAAACAUUUCAUGUAUUAAAGUCUGCUAUAGUUAUCGUUUGUUAACAUAUAAUACACUACUAUUGCCAUCCAUUUGCCGCAACUGUCCAAACCUGAGACACAUUUAUUUGGAUAGUUAUCGCUAUAACCACUACAACAAAGACUUGUAUAGAUCGAUGAAAAUCAAUGAUAUCUUUUUCAUAGUAUUUGGCAAACAAUUGAAGACAAUUCAUAUUAGACAUCGUUAUUGGGAUCAACUGUACGAUCUAAUGGGGUAUAAUCUUCAAUACUGUCGUCCAAAUCUCGUGUCAUUAAAUUGUAGUACAGCUGUGGGUGACAAAUAUAAAUCAGUGCCACAAUUAUUGUCGACUACUACUACUACUAGUAGUGGUAGUAUUGAACCGUCGAUUAUAUUCAAGAAAUUAACAAAACUUGAGAUCAAUAUCAAUGACAAAGUAAUACUUGAUAUCUUCAAUGAUAUUGUUCAACAAUAUGGUCGACAAUUGCUUGGAAUGAUUGUUGAAUUCAAUUAUAUCAAUGUCGUCGACUUAGCCACAGUUAUGUCUGGUUUGUCAUUAAUGACACAAUUAGUGGACUUACAGAUCAAAGUAGCCGACAGUCAAUGUACACAAUUCACUGACCAGUUGUUACCAUCAAUUGGUCGCAAUGGUUGCCGAUUGAAAAGAUUGGCAAUAAUUGAUGUCAACUGUAUUAAGAAGAAGAAAUCUAUCACCAGUUUAUUAAAUAUAAUUUCCAAUAAUUUUAAACAUUUAAAGCGAUUGUCAUUGUAUUCAAGUAUUGAUUUGAUUGAAUCCAUACAACAACAACAAUCAUCAGAUGAUAUCAAUGUAUUCAAACAGUUAACACAUUUGACAAUCAUUAAUAAUUCUCGCAUUCAUUUUAAUAAUUAUUAUUAUUUAAAUCAUAUAUCGAUGACAACCAAUCAGUUUAUCGGUAAUAUUGUCGCUAACUGUCCGCGACUUCAAUACUUGCAAUUCAAAGGUUAUCGCAUCGAUUCACAGACAUUGAAAUUAUUGCAACGAUUAACACAUUUGCGUUCAAUUGACUUAAACAAUGACAUUGAUUUGAAUUCAAUUAAAAAUAUAAUGGCAUCAAUUGAAGCGAUAAGUUUGUCAUCGAUGGUAAACAAUAGGAGUUUAAGAACUGAUGAUUUCACAAAAAGACAAUCAUUUGAUCGUUUCGGCGAUGAUUUGUCACAACUAUUGUUGUCUUAUCUGACAUUUGAUGACAAACUAAUAUUUGAAUCGGUUUGCAAACAAUGGCAUCGAUUGAUACCAUUGACUGUCGAUGAGAUAAUAAAUGACGGAAAAUUCAACGGAAAGUCUACUAUUGAUAGACUGUUGAAGAAGUGGUCAAACAUUUCAUGUAUUAAAGUCUCCAAUAGUUAUCGUUUGUUAUCAUAUAAUACACUACUAUUGCCAUCCAUUUGCCGCAACUGUCCAAACCUGAGACACAUUUAUUUGUAUACUUAUCGCUAUAACAAAAUCAAUGAUAACUUUUUCCAAGUAUUUGGCAAACAAUUGCAAACAAUUCAUAUAAGACAUCGUUAUUGGGAUCAAUUGAAUGAACUAUUAGUUGAUAAUCUUCACUACUGUACAAACMUCGUGUCAUUUAAUUGUAGUACAGCUGAAUAUAUCGACUAUAAAUCAGUGCCACAAUUAUAUCGACAAUUAUUGUCGACUAAUACUACUAGUAGUGGUAAUAUUGAACCGUCGAUGAUAUUAUUCAAGAAAUUAACAAAACUUUAUAUCAUUUUCGAUGACAAUGAAAUGUUUGGUAUUUUCAAUGAUAUUAUCAGACAAUAUGGCCGACAAUUGCUAUAUUUAUGA